CACAGCGCGUACCACGGGGACGGGACAGGGCGGCGACAUGGCCCGCACGAAGAACCGAGAGACCACCUGCUCCGGUGCUGGAAGCACACCCGGAGAAGCGGCGAGCCUGCCGGGGGACGGCGCUGCAGCGGCCGGGCGAGAGGCUCCUUCUGCCGGCUCCAGGACCGGGGCAUACAGUCCGUCCCCGGGCUCCGCGGCCGGGGAAGAGGCUCCGUCUGACGGCUCCGAGGCCGGACCUCGGAAAGCCAACAAGAGUUCAAAGGAAGUUUAUUUUGCGGUCCUACCGGACAAAUACCAGCCUCUCCUGGAGGAGGAGGAGGAGGAGAGCGAGGAGCAGAGGUGGAGGAGGAAGGAGGAGAAGAGGAGAAAGAAACGGGAGAAACAUAAGAGGUGCAGAAAGAGCUUGGGGCGGGCCCUGCGGUGGACCUGGCGCUCGCUGGUUGCCGGGUUACAGAGUCUGGCCGCCGUCUACUCCGCCCCCUUCACCGCCCCCACCACCCUGGCAGCCGCCUGCAGCAAGGCAUGAUGGGAAGACAGAGGACACACACUGCACAACACACACACACACACACACACACACACACACACACACACACACACACACACACACUACUACACAACAACACACACACACACACACACACUGCACAACACACACACUACUACACAACACAUACCCUACUAAACACACACACCCUACUAAACACACACACUGCUACACAACAUGUACACUACUAAACAGACACACUACUACACAACAACACACACACCCUACUAAACCUACACACUACUACACAACAACACACACACACACACUACUAAACAAACUACUCCACAACUACACACACACUACUAAACACACACACUACUACACAACAACACACACACACACACUACUAAACACACACAC